CGGCGGGGGCCGAGCCGCGGGCGCCCAAUCAGCGCGGCGCGGGGGCUCGGGCGCUUUAAGCGCGGCGGCGGCGGAGCUGGGACAAAGUCCCCCCGGCGCCGCGACGAGCAUCCCCGCUCGCCCGCCCCCGGCUGCCGCCGCGCCUCCCCGCUCUGGGGCCGGGCCCAGGACCGGGACCGGGACCGGCGGGCGGCUCCCCCCACGCCCCUUCGCCGCCGCGCUCCCGCGGGGUGCCCGCCACCGCCUCCUGCCGCUGCCGCCGCCCCUCGGCCAUGUCGAUGUUGCCGUCGUUUGGCUUCACGCAGGAGCAGGUCGCCUGCGUCUGCGAGGUGCUGCAGCAAGGGGGGAACCUAGAGAGGCUGGGCCGGUUCCUCUGGUCGCUGCCGGCCUGCGACCACCUGCACAAGAACGAGAGCGUCCUGAAGGCCAAGGCGGUGGUGGCCUUCCACCGGGGCAACUUCCGCGAGCUCUACAAGAUCCUGGAGAGCCACCAGUUCUCCCCCCACAACCAUCCCAAGCUUCAGCAGCUCUGGCUGAAGGCACAUUACGUGGAAGCCGAGAAACUGCGGGGCAGACCCUUGGGCGCCGUCGGCAAAUACCGCGUCCGCCGAAAAUUCCCUUUGCCCCGCACCAUCUGGGACGGCGAGGAAACCAGCUACUGCUUCAAGGAGAAAUCCCGGGGCGUGCUGCGGGAAUGGUACGCCCACAACCCCUACCCGUCCCCCCGGGAGAAGCGGGAGUUGGCGGAAGCCACCGGUCUCACCACCACCCAGGUCAGCAACUGGUUCAAGAACCGGCGGCAGCGGGACCGAGCGGCGGAGGCGAAGGAAAGGGAGAACACGGAAAACAACAACGCGGCCACCAACAAACCGAACCAACUCUCGCCUCUGGAUGGGAGCAAACCCCUCAUGUCCAGCUCCGAGGAAGAGUUUUCUCCUCCCCAAAGCCCAGAUCAGAACUCGGUCCUGCUCUUGCAGGGGAACCUCAGCCACGCCAGGAGCUCCGGCUACACCCUGAGCGGCUUAGCCGCAUCCCAGACCCCUCACAGCCUCCAAGGCCACCAGCUCCAGGACUCGCUGCUGGGACCCCUCACGUCCAGCCUGGUGGAUCUGGGAUCCUAAAGGCCCGCGGCGGGCGGGCGGAGGAUCGGGAGAGGAGGUUCUGCUUGGGGACAGAGGCUCUGGGUUGUACAUAAAGGACAGCACCCGGUUUUACAGCUCACCCGCUGAUUCUUGACGGGACUCUCGGCUCUUUUCACACAACCCCACUUCGGCUCCUGGUCCAGUGUCCAUGUCCCCAUCCCCCCCCCCCCAGCGUCUCCCACUAUCACCAUGAUUUUUAUUUUUUCCACGUAGCCAAACGCAGAGAACGGCAGAAACCCUCAGCCCUUCGAGUUCAAACGAGCUAGUCCCAACGGGAAUUAAAAAAAAAAAAAACAAACAAACCCAAAAAAACCCCCAAACAACAAAAAAACCCCAAACCCACAACCAAACAAAAAAAAAACCCCACCCCAAACAAAAAAACCCAAAACCAACUAAAACAAAAAGAACAACCAAACAACCCACUUGGACCCGAUUCCAGCCAAAUAAAUCCCAGUCCCGCAGCGCGGUGGGGCAGGGGCGGCCGGCGCAUCCUUGCUGCAGCCCGGCCGGGUCCCGCGGGGCCGGCGAGGAGCCGGGACUGAGGCAGAGGGAGCGAACCGCAGUCCUGAGCCCUGUGUUAUAGCGGGAUGAGGGAGGGGAAAUUACGUUUACAUUUUUCAUAUUUAGCCUUACCAGAAAGAUUUCGAUGUAGUUUAAAUUUAAAAAAAAAGGGGGGGCGGGAAGCAAAAGCUGCAGUAUUAGAGUUUUAACAAGUGCCUAUGUCUUAACGCGGCUGUGCGAGGCAGUUUGCGAGAGAGCUCCCGGGGGCCCGCGCCCCCAGCUUCCUUCUCCUCGGUGGUGAAAUGCAUCGAUGUGGCUAAAGAUUAGGAUACUACUAAUAAAAGUCGACGGCCGUUUCCUCCUGAACGAGUAUUCUUCAGGCUGUCCCGCCAGCUCCACGUCGCCUGCUCCCGUCUGUCCCCGUUCACCGCCUUCCUCCUCCGGCUUGCAGAGAGCCCGCGGACGACGCUGUCUGUCUCGAGUAUUUGUUACCAAAAAUCGCAUGUGCUUUCAGGUUUAUUUUCUAUUGUACCUAAACAGUCUAAAUUAAACAACGCUGAUGGCAGAA